AUGGCGACUACUUCUGGACCAGGGGCUGCCCCGGCUCUGGACGCCAAACCUAACAAAGAUGAUGUUUCAAUCACUCAAAAGAUGAUUUCUGCCACAACUGGUAGCAUUCUCACUGCUCUGCUAGCCACCCCUCUAGAUGUUGUUCGAGUCCGCUUGCAAGCUCAGUCUUCAGUCAAAAAUACGUCCUCAUUCGCCUCCCACACCACACACUCGUUGAAGAAUGUCCCAUCAGACCUUGGAGUUACUGCUUGUUGUCGGGAAGUCUUCUGGAUCGGUCAAAAUGCACAGAUGUGUGUCGCGGUGCCUGGUGCCGGAACCAUAGGCGCUACAUCAUCGAUGACGGAAUGCGCGGUAGAAGAGACUCAGCGGAGAACGUUUACGUCGACCUUGGAUGGACUACGAAAGAUCGCUCGAAAUGAAGGAGUCUUGACGCUCUGGCGUGGACUCAGUCCCACUCUUAUGAUGGGCAUUCCGGCAAAUAUUAUCUACUUUGCUGGUUAUGACUGGUUGCGUGCUGAUGACAAGAGUCCCAUCAAAGCUGUUAUUCCUGACGCAUAUGCUCCAUUGGUUGCAGGCUCGGUCGCAAGAACUGCUGCCGCGUCCGCGAUUAGCCCUAUUGAAAUGUUUCGGACGCGAUUGCAAGCCACUCCAGGCACAGGCGCAGGACAUUUCAAGGCCACACUUGAGGGUCUGCACCAAAUGGUUCACGCAAAUGGUUACAGCUCGCUCUGGAGGGGGCUGACUCUUACCAUGUGGCGAGAUGUGCCUUUCUCUGGUCUAUAUUGGUGGGGAUAUGAAGAAGUCAAGAGCUAUUUCAUCGAGGCGCGCAAAGAAGCGUAUCUAAAUCGUCUGCCACAUGAUUUCUCAUUCGCCAGUCACCAAACGCCACAUGACCUUGAUACCCCGACCUUCCUCGAUAGUUUCAUUGCAGGAGCUUCCUCUGGUUCCCUUGCAGCUUUUGUUACCACUCCUUUUGACGUGGGUAAGACACGUCAGCAAGUUUUCCGACACAUGGGUGACGACGCAACAAGCACCCUCGGAGGCAAUACGAAAGGGACAUCGCACCCCGAACAACUUCCCUUGCCGAAAUUUUUAAUGCACAUUUUCCGCGAAGAAGGUAUGGCUGGUCUAUUCCGUGGCUGGGUUGCACGGUGCCUAAAAGUUGCUCCUGCCUGCGCUAUCAUGAUAUCAUCAUAUGAGCUUGGAAAGAAGAUGGCACGGAACGUCAACGACCGGACCCGUUCUGCGGAUGACGCUGUCUCUUCUGAAUCGUUAUAG